AUGACGGGGGGCUAUCUGUCCCAGGCGGAAUCGUCCAAUGACUUGCCGCCUCGGGUGAGCCAAAGACGGCAAGCUAGCGUUUACGAUGCCGUUGCUGGUCGGGUCUCUUCUUCUGGUUUCCGCCCUCCGCUCCUUUCACGCCAGGCCCAUGCGCCCUCUUCAGUCCCUGUUGCCCCAGAGGAAGCACUUUUCCGUCGUCUAAAUGCCCCCGUGAGAUAUGUGGAGAAUGACUUCUACUUCGCUGACGAGCGUCUACCAGCUGAUAAGCGAUUACCAGACUCUGACAUUUUGAAAGCUAUUCACACUUACGCUUCCGAUUUUUACGCCAGUGCGACUCUUGAUCAAGGACAUACGGAUUUUUUGAGUUUUGAUGAAACGGCUCUGAUCGCGCUGGGAAUACUUCUUGAAGAAGCCGCAAAUGAAUCACUAGGCGAGACUGGAGAUAUGAUUUUUGUUGAAGGGGAAGAGAUAACUGACCCUGAAGAAACUUUUCCUCGUUCUGGCUCCCUAAGCCAGGGCCGCAAGCGGGUCACUGCGGGGAGUGGCAGCGCGCCUAGCGGAGAUGAGACGGCGAGGCUUCGGAAAAAUAGGACCAAAAGGCAACGAAGAUAG